AUGGGGCAGCUGAGUUCAGCCAACAACCUCUUUGCUUUGGAGCUGUUCCACACCCUGAAUGAGAACAACCCCACAGGACAUACCAUCUUCUCUCCCUUCAGCAUUUCUUCUUCCUUGGCCAUGGUCUUUCUGGGGGCCAGAGGCAGCACUGCAGCCCAACUCUCUAAGACUCUUCAUUUUGACUCUGUUGAGGACAUCCAUUCACAGAUUCAAAGCCUGACUGCUGAAGUGAGCAAGCGUGGAGCAUCUCACACUCUGAAACUUGCUAACAGACUGUAUGGAGAGAAAACCUACAACUUCCUUCCUGAGUUCUUGUCUUCAACCCAGAAAAUGUACGGUGCUGACUUGACCCCUGUGGAUUUUCUGCAUGCUUCUGAGGAUGCAAGGAAGGAGAUAAACCAGUAGGUCAAAGGUCAAACAGAGGAGAAAAUUCAGGAACUGUUGGCUGUGGGUGUGGUGGACAGUAUGACCAAACUUGUACUAGUGAAUGCCAUUUACUUCAAGGGAAUGUGGGAGGAGAAAUUCGUGACACGGGACACAACCGAUGCUCCAUUCCGACUGAGUAAGAAAGUCACAAAAACAGUGAAGAUGAUGUAUCUAAAGAAUAAUCUUCCAUUUGUCUACAUUCCAGACCUGAAGUGCAAGGUGCUGGAGAUGCCUUUCCAGGGUGGAGAACUUAGCAUGGUCAUUCUGCUGCCUAAAGACAUUGAGGACGAGACCACAGAUCUUGAGGAGAUUCAAGAGAAACUGCAAAUUCAGGGGCAAAUCCAGCCACUGUUCUCAGCAGCAUUUGCCAGUCCAGAGGAGGUUGACGUGGAAAUUUCUGGUGUCUUUGGAGACUCAGUUGUGUCAUGUGAUGUUCUUCUGGAAGCUGUUUCAUGA